AUGGAGCACUUUUCCAAAAUAUCUUACAUCAUCCCGAUAUUACAGUCACAAGACUAUGAGGUUGUCCCGGUUUGGGGGCGAAUUCGCAAGCUCAGCGGCGAAGACUUCUUCUUUUCUGAGACACUCGCAACAGGAUCGACAAUUCCGCAUUGCUUGAUGUUGAAGAAAGUAACUCUUCCGGUAUUGGUAGAAGCAUCAGAAUUCGAUCCGGCCAUACAUUCGAAGGAUAACUUCACCUCGUCUAUUCAUUCUUACGAGAAUACGCCUCCCCACCUAAUCACGCUCUUUGAACUAUCCAGCCCGGGUGUUUGUUCACAUCCUUCAACAGCACAUGGGGGUCUUUUGUCAACUAUUCUUGACGAAGCUAUGGCUCAUACACUGGCUGCGCACUUCUCAACAGAUCCAGAAAAGAUCGACGACGUAAGGAGAACUCUGUUGACAUCGAAACUCGAAGUGGCAUUUAAACGCCCAGUCCGAGCUCCAGGGAUAUUGAUAGUCAAAUCUUGGUGCGUAGCAUACAAUGGGCGGAGGCAUUGGAUGAAGGCACAAGCUGUUCAAAUAGAGCCUGUCAACGGCCAACCACAAGGCCAAGAAGAAGUCAAAUUAGAGGCAUCUGGACUGUGGAUAAAGACUAGUUCUAAAUUGUAA